AUGACACCAAUCACUCCGGGAGAGGUGGGCCCAGGAAGCAACCAACAAUUCUCAGGACUCUGCUUUGCAGAUUCCCUGCUUGAAGGAGUCUCCCAACCUGCUCUGAAGGCACACGCACCCCAGGACGAAAGGUCAACUUGGGGCAAGCCUUCGUGGAGGCUUCCCUCAUGCAUCUCAGCCACCAACAUACAUGUUCUUUGGGGACAUGUGAGCCACGGCUAAGGCUGCAUGGGCAAGCAGAAGCACCCAGGAGGCCGAGGUAGUGCUGGUGGCUUGCAUCAUCACAGGAUCAGCUUCGGCAAAUAUCACCCACGUUACCUUGGGAAAGUUGGUAUGAGGCACUACCACUUAAAAAGGAGCCAGAGCUUCUGCCCCACUGUCAACCUUGAUCAACUGUGGGUGUUGGUCAGUGAGCAGACAUGGGUAAAUGAUGCCAAAACCAAGGCUGAGGCUGCACCCAUCAUUGAUGUGGUGCGAUCAGGCUACUACAAAGUACUGGGGAAGGGAAGGUUCCCAAAGCAGCCUGUCGUUGUGAAGGACACAUUCUUCAGCAGAAGAGCUGAGGAGAAGUUGAAGGGCGUUUGUGGGGCCUGCAUGCUGGUAGCUUGA